AUGACCAAAAGGGUAGCUAAUGGAAGCAUUGUGAAAUUAGAAAAUUUGAUGUGGACAGAUAAGAUGGAUAAUGUUCUCGUUGAAGUACCGAUAGACGAACAUGAAAUAGGCCAAAUCGACGCAAUUGCAUUCAAGACCAAAAAGCUCAAAAGAAGAAAACUAAAAGAUGAAGAUGAAGUAGUAGCCGGACCUCAACCGGAAUCUUUUGAACACGGUAUUAUGCAUACUUUUAAAGAAAUCGUUGAUGUUAGGAAAAAAUCUCAUGACUGUACAUGUGAGGAAAUCGAGAAAGAAUUAGAAUCGAUGGGUUUGGAUGACAAUGAAUUUGCAGAUGGUUUCAUAUAUUUGUCGCAUAAUCAAGGCGAUGCAAGAACAAUUUUUAGUUUUCAAUGAAGACGCGGAAGAUCUUUCUAAGAAAGAUGAUGGAUGGAGGUAAAAAGUUCCAAAUGGUAUAGGGACGAUUCUGGGAAUUGCACAAUUGACAUUGUAUUUGUACUAUAACCAAAAGAAGAAUCAAGAGAGCCCUUAAUGGAGUUGGUUGCAUGAACUAAAGUGCAAGUAAUUGAUUUUGAUUUUCAAUUACUAUUGAAGAUAUUUGAAUGUUUAAACUUUAAAGUCAGCAUGUGAAUUUUUGUAGCCUAAUUAUGUGUUUGAUUGUAAGGUUGAAAUUUAAUUUGAUCUCUGGUCAAUAUUUGUUUGCAUUUUGUUGUUGAUAGUUUUGUCCUGUAUUAUCAAAUUCUUGAU